CUCUUUUUUGAAGUGAAUCUUUUAACUGUCCCAUCGGACGCAACGAUUUCCUUCUCUGUUAUUAUCUAUUACCACCUCCAACACUGCAUGUGUUGAGGAAUCUUCUAGGGCUAGUAAAUUCCUCAUAUCUCCUAAUUAGUAUUAUCGAUUUUUAACACUGUUUAUUCUCACAUGCAUGCUGGACACUUCUGCUCAGCAGGUAACUACAAUUUGAGAUAGGUAGUUUGGCGUUACCAUGAUUUGGACAGCGGCAGAUCAGGAAGAAAUAUGACCCGAAAGAAAAGAUAAAAUCACAAGCGAGCGGUACGGAUCAAUUUCAGAGAUGACGAAAGGAGUGGAGGCAACAUAAUUAGAUUCCCUAUACCAACCUUAUUGCAAUCUACGCUUUCUGAAGGGCGUCUUCUUGGCGAUUAAUGUCGAGGUAUGGAGUGUGAUGACGAGUUGGAAAUAUCAUGUUGCAGUGCCUAGUGGGUCUGUUACAGUGUUGUGGAUUAAAUUUUCAUAGACACGAGGUCCUUGAAGAUCCUGGUAAAAUAGCAAGGGAUACAGUUUUUAGUGUUAGUGAGGUAGAAGCUUUGUAUGAGCUAUUUAAGAAGAUUAGCAGUGGUGUUAUUGACGACGGUCUUAUCAACAAGGAGGAGUUCCAACUGGCCUUAUUCAAGACAAACAAUAAAGAAAGUCUAUUUGCAGACAGAGUUUUUGACUUGUUCGACACAAAACAUGAGGGCAUCUUACAUUUUGAAGAGUUUGCACGGGCUAUCUCUGUGUUCCACCCAAAUGCUCCCAUAGACGAAAAAAUAGAUUUCUCCUUCCAGCUUUAUGAUCUGAAGCAGCAAGGCUUUAUUGAGAGACAAGAGGUGAAGCAAAUGGUAGUAGCUACUCUUGCAGAAUCUGGUAUGAACCUGUCUGAUGAUGUAAUCGAAAGUAUAAUUGACAAGACCUUUGAGGAGGCAGACACAAAACAUGAUGGAAAGAUAGAUAAGGAAGAGUGGAGGAGUCUUGUUCUGCGACAUCCUUCGCUGCUAAAAAAUAUGACUCUUCAAUAUCUGAAAGAACUCUUUGAUUCUUUCAAGCUAUACAGACCAAACAACAUUAAAGCCUGGAGAUUGGUGCCAUGGGCUGGCAACAUGUUUUAAAGAUGAUCUGUGUGCCCUUGGUGGACAGACGAGAAAGAAAUGCCUUCUUGCUGAAGGGAAAACACUAUGCUAGGCAGAGACUCCCUUGAUGUUUCAUGUCUUGCAAACAAACUAGAAAAAUAGCUUUUUUGUUUGCCGUUUGUUUUUCUUUUAAAACAGAAAUUUGGAUAUAGCAUAGAUGGUUAUACCAAAAUAUUGAAAGAAGCUUCAUGUCAGAAAUAUCCUAUAAAGGAUGAAGCCUUUGUUGACUGCUGCAAUAAACAAAAAAAUAACCUUUAGUUUUGCCCUUUUCAACAAUCUGAAUAGUCGAGAUAGUUCUGUUCUUAACAGAUUUUUUUUGGAAGAUGAUUCCUAUGUGAAAUAUGCAAUUGAAUUGUAAGGUCCUUAUUGUAGCUACUAGAUAUAUAAUGAAGAGAAGCAGACAUAGAUGCAAACUUUUA